GAUCCGUUGCAAAAUGUGAAAAUGAAGGAGAAAUUCUGCAGAUACCGUUUAUCACAGACAACCCUUGUAUAAUGUGUGUUUGCCUGAAUAAGGAAGUGACAUGCAAGAGAGAGAAGUGUCCGAUGCUCUCCAAGGACUGUGCUCUCGUCAUUAAGCAGAGAGGAGCUUGCUGUGAGCGUUGCAAAGAUUGCAGUUUUGGUGGAAAUACAUACAACAGCUCUAUGAAAUGGCAUCUCCCCAGCAAUCCCUGUGUGACAUAUCAGUGCCAGGAAGGAGUGAUAGUAGAGUCAGAGGUCCAGUGUGUUGUUCAUUGCAAAAACCCUUCCAAACUCAUGGGAAUGUGUUGUCCUGUGUGUCCAGGUUGUAUAUUUGAAGGGAGACAUUACAAUGAAGGAGAAGAAUUUAGGCCUGAAGGAAAUAAAUGUACCAAGUGCUCUUGUAUU